AUGGCGAAUGAACAAUCAGCAGCCUGGCCCAUCGCAGAUGAAGCUUUGACUACUGAACUGCUCGACCUCGUCCAGCAGGCCUCUCACUACCGCCAGCUCAAGAAGGGUGCUAACGAAGCAACCAAAACCCUUAACCGCGGAACUUCCGAGCUGGUCAUCCUCGCCGCUGAUACCAGCCCUCUGGCCAUCUUGUUGCAUCUCCCGCUUUUGUGUGAGGAUAAGAAUACUCCUUACGUCUAUGUGCCUAGCAAGGUUGCGCUGGGCCGUGCGUGUGGUGUCAGCCGUUCUGUGAUCAGUGCCAGCAUCACUACCAACGAGGCGAGUGAUUUGCAGGCGCAGAUACUCAACAUUAGACAGAAGGUUGAGAGAUUGAUGAUUUGA